CCCGUAUCCGACAAAGCUUGCAACUUACUCGUCCCCCGUCAAUAGUCGCGCGUAGAACGGUGCUGUGUCCGGACUGGCACAAAUAUACAGCUCUGGAGCUGGCACUAUGGGCGGCUUCGGUCACCAGCACACACGCUGGUCUGGUAGCCAGCGCGCUAUAAGUGUGAUGCCGCAGAGCGGCGGUGGGCUCUACGAAAGCCAGCUCCCGCCUCAGACGGUGGACAACUCAGCCUCGUACACUCAGCAAUGCUUCCCCAACGAGCAGACGAGCAACCCGUAUACCUCCGCUCCGGGCGGUUACGGCCAGCAACAUUCUCCCGAUGUGCAGCUGAACAACCCCUACUUCACGAUCUAUGGCGAAAAUGGCGGCAUACAAACGGGCGGCCAAGACAGAUUCGGCUUCAGCUCAGAAUCUAGCGCUUCUACGACUCAGCAUCAGCAGCAUAACUUCCUGGAGGAGCACGUUGUUGACCUAGCUCAGCAUGCAAGGACCUCAGACGCGCAGCGCGGUCAGCACAUGGACAGCUCCUUUGUUACGAACCCAGAUGCGAACCCGUUCGCUGGUCGUGCACCACAUACAUCCUCCUACGACACGCAGGGCGGCGGCUCUCACCAGUACGCCAUCAACUCAGGCGCUGGGCGCGGCAUGCAGAAAGGCGGUUCAUUUGCCAUGAGACCGGGCGCAAACCAAUUCACACAGUUCGGCAGCCAGACCCCCGACGCAAACAUGAGCGGUCAAUAUGCCGGUUCUUCAAACGAGUACGAGAACUCGCAUGUUGCUCAGCAGCUCACUCCCUAUGUGCAGACGAAUUACCGGGAUGCGAUUGACUUUGGCUCAAACUCGCUCUCGAGCCACAACAAUAUCACUAACUCCGAAGCCUACACAAACGAUCAGUCAUCAGCUAUCUCAGAAGUUCCCAUCAAGCGCGAACAUUCCGAUGAUGAGUAUGUUCCUGGCGACGUUGCCAUCGAUGAUGCUGUCGACGAGGAUACCUCCCAGCAGCCAGGCAAGAAGCGGAAGAUCAACAAGAAUGGUCGAGUGCGCAAAGUUCGGGAACCACGAGGCCACCUCCGACGGUGGGAUGAGAGCGACGUAUCGCGUGCUCUCAUGGGCAUUGUUUGGGCCUGCGGUGAGAAUGGUGUGGUGAUCCCAUUUGCACAAGCAGCCAAGAUCGUGGAUCAAGACUGCACAUCAGGCGCUCUCCAACAGGCUAUUCUCAAGAUGCACGACAAGAUGAAUAGAGACGGCGCGCAGCUACCCAGGAUCAAGAUGAAUUGGCCCAAGAAGCCCAGCGCUGCUGGAAAAUCUAUCAUCCGAGACAAUGGGAAGGUACCUCGCAAGAAGCCUACAUUGACCCAGGCUACCCAAUGCACUAUCGUAAGCCUUCCAGCCCAGCCGCGCGACACUAUCUCAGCUGCUGGUGAAGCACCUCAACAAGACCUCGUUCUCCCUAUGGACGUGUCAUAUUCCGGUCAAUCUGCUUCCGCCGAUGUCAGACAUGAGCGGGCCGAUGAGAUGCCAUCCUCACCGCGACAGCUCUCGGACCUGCCGCCCUCUACACCUGCGCAGCAUCACGGCUCCCCCAUAUGUCCGCCGGCGCCACGUCAUCCCACGGUGCCUCGUCGCGUAGUGGUGGACGCUUCAACCGGCGGUGCUGCAAUGCCCAAUCGGCGCUUUCUUCUAAACGACGCUUCAUCGUCUUCUUCCAACUUUGCCCAGCAACGCGCUACCGGCUUGAACCUCCAACAGGGUCUGAGCUCGCCUGAGGGUCUACGAGACCGGCACCUUCAACAGGGCCGCGUCAACACCACUCAGCUGGGACCGCUUGCUGCCUUCAAUGCGGAAUUCGAACAGCACAGCACUUCAGCUAGCCUCGCACAGCUAUCUGCUUCGUCGAACAUGGGUCUUGAUAUGGCCACGCCGCGCAACGCUACUUCCUCAGACGACAUCAAGAUGCUCCAUUCGCCCAUGAGCGGAGGCUCUCAAGCUGAUGAUAACCCCCAAGAUGUUAGCAAGUUUCAUGACAUGCAGUCCUCGUUCUUUAUGGGCGAACUUUUCCCGCCAUCAGGCUCUUCCUCUAUCAAUGACCUGUCUCCCGGACUUCGCCCUCCAUUUACUCCUGGAAGGAGAGAUUCGGCCUUUGGAUCGAGCGCCCAGUCCGCCAGCUCGAGCCAGGGUUCAACCGGUCAUAUGAAUCGCUCCACUCGGGAUGCACAACACGCGUUUCAGAGUCGCAUGGAAGCUGCUGCUGCGGAACGUCCCAUGACGUCGAUGCCCUCUCGGACCAAGCGUACGUACUACUCACUCCAGCAACCUCGGCAACAGCUGUCCCUCGGCCUCGACACGUUGAGCAAUCCUUUCGGUGGCACUUUUGGCGAUGCCUCCGGUGGUCCUUUCCCUCCCACCCAUCCCUCUGGCGGAGACAUCGACGAUCCUUUCGGGCUUCCGAGCACCACCGAUGAAGUUACGGAUUUCGAGAGCAUAUCGCACUGCAGCUUUCCUGUCACUUGGAUAAGCUUCUCCCUGGAAGAUCCCGGUUCCAUCAUGCGACACCGACGCGUCUACGUCCGCACCUUCUCAAAGUCUGAUAUGCUCACUAUGAGCUGGACCUUCCGAGGCCGUGUCUUCGGUUCAAUUGCCCGCUGCUACCUGCCAUUCCACUCUGCCGCCAAGCAGCUGUUCGAGCUGGUGCCCGACCACGACUUCAAAGCGAGCAGCCUACAUCAAAACUUACAGAACGUGGAUGAUCAGGCUGAGAACUGGGCGCAAAAUCCCUACGUUUGGGAUCGUCACUCAAGUCCAGUCUCAUCAAGCUCCUGGCGGGUGACGCAACGAUUUACUAGGGAACUAGCUACAGCGAAGGUAUGCGAGGGAGCGCACGGCAUCGACGAUCGAGACCGCGAGAUGCUCAUGUUCAGUAAAGCGAACAACCACGGCUCGAUUGUACGCUACCACAUGGCGACGGAACUCCAAGGUGUGCCCGCAGCCAUCACAAACAUGCACCAGGGCAUGAUUUCCUUCGCAGCUUUGGAACCUAACUUGUCGUCCAUGCAUCGGGGAGUCCGUCUCAAGCUUGCUGCAGACAUGUUCCGGCCACUCUUUUCAGCGUUGGAGUGGCUGCACUACAAUCGCAUUAUCCACGCAUCCGUGGCCCCGCCCAGCGUCCUGGUACAAAUGACAGGCGAGAAGCUAUUAAAAGUUGUUGCUCGUGGACUAUUCACACACCUGCAUUGUCGACUUUGGCGAAGACAUGCCACAAGAGAUGCGCCGCGAGGGAGCCCAAGCGAUUGCGAUCAUCGAAACCUGCAGCAACUUCUGGCAACUUCGUCAGAGGCCACGGCCUGA